AUGGCCACGGGCGAGAGUGAGAAUGAUGCCUUCUUUGCUCAGCUAUUGGCCGAUCUUGAGCAUGACGAGAAGGACCUGAGCGGGCCCGGACCUGCGUCCUCCGUGCACUCCAACGUGCCGGCAGAGUUCACCGCUGAGGAGCGCUCCUUGCGAGCGAGCCUGGUGGCCUUUUACCAGCUCAGAAGCCCGUCGAAGCUGUCGUCGGUGAACGCGCUGGUGGAACGCUAUGGGCGAUCGCCUCAGGAAGUCGCGGAGCUCUGGGCACAGCUGGCAGUGAAGUAUCAAGUGCCCACGGAGGAGGCAGUAGAUCUCCUGGCACGGACGCCGCAUUUGUCGGGCGAAGUGGGACGCCUCGGGUUGAAGGAGCUGCGGCUGCGCAGAUCAGAGGAGGAGUGGCUGAAUGAGGUGAAGAAUGGAGGUCUUGAUUUGGUGCGGGCGCUCUGCACCUGGAGCGAUGCGCAAGCAGCGCCGCAAGCGGCAGUACGCGCCUUGUGUUGGAAGCUGCUUUUGGGCUACCUGCCCUGCGGCGGCGCGGCGGCCGCGGCCGAGUGGCCCUUGGUAGAGGAUCGGAAGCGGAAGCGCUACAAGGAGGACCUCGAAGAACAUCUGAGCGCAGAUGGUUUCGCCGCAACCAGCGACGAAGAUGGUUUGCUCCGGGAGCGCCUGGACGCGGUGCGUGAAGAGGUGGAGGAGAUGCUGCGGAAGGGCGGAGAUGCUUCGCUGCAGCCUUCAGGUCAUGGCGUUGUACCUGGUCUUGAAACCGGACCUGCCGUGGGUGGGUGUGAGUCACCUGGCCAUGGUCUUACUGAAGGUCUUCAAUGA